GUUUUUACAAUGACUUCCAUUCGGCGUUGUUUGCACAAAUGACAAUGGGAUCUUGGAAUUAUUCCAGACAAGGCCGUAGGGCAUAUUAAGGUAUUUCGAAUAACGUGAUUGACACGUUUCAAUCACGCGAUCGAAUAUUCUGUGUUACUUUAUUACCAGAUAGCGAGUAUCAGACAGUCGGUGUAUCUAUCAUGGCUGGUAACCUAUAUAAAAUCGUAACUUCUCAGAGUUUUCCUAUUGUGUUAAUAACGUUUAUUAGGGCAUGUGGUCAUGUAGGAAUUAUUAAGACGAUGGGUAUCUACUUGGAAGAUAUCAACCUGAGUCUAAAAACGACACCAACUGAUAUUGGACUCGCUCUUGGUCUUCUCAAUGCCUUCAGCGACUUUCCAGCUCCAGUAAUUGCCGCCCUCUUUCGUCGUCGUUCAAUCCGCCGUUUCCUGCUUAUAUCCGGGGCGUGUCUAUCUCCAUUGGGAGUGGCGUUGACUUCCAUAGCAACCACCAACGGUCAAGUGGCAACAUUUCUUUCAAUUACAGGUUUUGGAAACUGCGUCGUAAUGGUUUGUACUAUUAUGACAUUACAUCGUGUUGCUUCGAGCAACUACAAUCUACUGUUUAGCCUUGGUAUGACUGGAUAUGGGACCGGUAUGGUUAUGAUACCACUUUUUGCUGAAUUGCUACGUAAUAUCUUUGGCUGGAGAGGUGGUUUGCUUAUCAUUAGUGGCUUGAUGACACACCUGAUUCCAUGUGCUGUUGGUAUUAUGCUGGAAUCAGAUGAUAAUACGGAACGUGGCUAUCAGGGACUUCCAAACAGCCCCACUAGUAUAGAAGACCUAGUGGAAGAAGAAAUAGCAGAAGAAGAAAUAGUAGAAGAAAUAGUACAGGAGGAAGAAGAAAGUACAAACCUGGCAAGCCAUGGGCGCUGCUGUUGUAAUACAGAAGGAAACAACUGCGAGCCUCGAUAUCUUGAAACUUUCGCUAGGAUCGUCAGCAGUAUUCACCAGUCAGAUUUUUACAUGGACCCUCUGUUGAAUGUGAUAAUAAUUCUCAAUUUGACUUUCUAUGUGCUCCAUAGUGGCUGGCAUUCCUUUCUUGUACCACAUGCUCUGCAGAGAGGAAUCUCCAUCCGAGACACCCUGAUCAUGACAUUUACAGCAGCAAUAGGGAAUACCUUCAGCAGGGUUGCUGUAGGUGUCCUAACCAACAACCGUUUCCAUCCGGUCACAAUAUUUCUCUUCGCUACAUUGCUGGAUAUAGUUGCUCUCCUCUGCGAUGUUUAUGUCAACAACUACUACCUUAUCUUAGUGACGUCAUGUGUCUCCGCAAUGUCGAUCGGAGGAAGUGCAGUUUUGGGAGCGCUGAUCUUGAGGGACAGAGCGUCUCCAGAGAAAUUUCACAUCGCCUACUCAGUCGACAAAUUCUUCCAAGGUUGUGGGAUGUUUCUAGGUGGUUACUUAGGAGGUUGGACUGCCGAUCACUUUUCAUCCUUUGAUGCUACGUUCAAGCUCUUAACUCUCAUCGAUAUCUUCAUUCUCGUCCUCAUCGCAGUAAUCACAUGCAAGCCAAAACCUAACACCACCUAAUUAUUCAAAAGGAACCAUUUCUAUUUUUUUUUUUGAUGUCAAGGAAGUAGACACCAUGUCCACUCCAUUUAAAACUACGUAAGCUACAGUCUUUUCAAUCGACCCCUCUUUUGUUUCGCCUGGACUUAAUAAUUGGCGCAUUCCUCUUUUCAACUCGUUUGUUGUCUGUAUGAGAGAUGAGAGAUGUUAUCAAAACCUUCUCACAGGCAAUUAUUCAUCUUCGUAACAAGGGCCUGCGCUACAAUGUUAUGUUUGUUUGUCUUAUAGAGAACCUUGCGUCACGGUCGCGCACAUGCUCACAUGCGUCUCAAUCAACCAUUCAGGAGCGAAGGCGGAACAGGCAGAGAGCAAAGGAGGCUGUUAUUUUUUUGAAUGGAUAAAUGCAAAUGACAGGUAUUGCAUUUCUCGUGUGUGUGUGUGUGUCUUAUUCAACGGACGAAAUGUUAUUUACUUCAGGAGAUGCAGGAAUUAUGGUUUAAUGCCUGAAGCAAGCCAGCUGCCGGUAGGUCGAUUGUGACUUCACUUCGUAGCCCUGCGUUUACCUCAAGCAGUCAAUAUUUUUAAUAUUAGUUACAAACGACAUUUAUUGUCAAUACAGCAACCCGUUUGUUUUGACAAAUAAACUUAGUUGUACGUUCCCUUCUUCUCUUCUCUCCUGUCCUAUCUUAUGGCAUUUGUAUUUUUAUGAUUAUGCAUAAUAUAGGCCCUAUUAUGUUUCAUGUAUUAUGUAGUAUGUUUAUGAAUGUUAUUUGGGCCUUCCGAACACGUCUUAUGAGCAUGUUUUUGGUCCACCACUAUUUUAACACAUACGUUGCUUUGAAUAGGCAUAUAUUCUAUUUUGUGGAAAUAAAUGAAAUUAAAAACAUGAAAUAUACGAGCUGUUGCCCCACAUGUUAUGCAAUAUAAAAUGCAUAAAUUUCAAUUUUGUAAUUGUUGACUAAUUAGAAUCUUUUCUUCUGGGAGAAAAGGGAUAUCCUAAAAUAAACCCAUUUGCAAAAUUUCUGAGAAAAUGAUACUUCAGAUAUGGCGAAGCUGCUGGCAUAUUACGUCACAAAAAUUAAUUCUGCUUAUUUUUUUUCAAAUCUUUGAAUGGUGUAUUGUCCUCAAACCUUCACCAAUAUAUUUUAUUAUCAUCAUCGGAGACAAAUACGUUUUACGUCUUGAAAUUUUCUGUUCUGUAUCAAGCAUUAUCUGUGUAUUUAGUUAACAAUUGUGGACUAAAUUAUGUGAGUUGAAGGUAUUUAUGAUUGUAAUUGUUUAUUCUACGAAGAAAUAUAUAACAAAUUGCAUAAUUAUUUCAAUUAACAACUUACGCUUAUUGUUUUCUGCAAUCAGCAUUGCCGUUAAAAGGGAACAAUGGCAUGAUCGCUUAAAACAUGAAGGUGACAUGGAUUUCAAAUGUUUUCAUUGUUUUAUUGAAGCAAUACUUUGCACAUCACCAUGAAUAUGUAAUGGAUGUGGUUUACUGUUGUAUCUACAAAUUACUUUUUGCAAUAAAAUAGGAUUAAAAGAAAACAAGAUUGAAUAAUACAAGGUAACACUGAAUUAUCCUUUUUUUAUACACAAAAUAAAGAGGAUUUCCGUGAAGAUUAUGAAAACCUCUGUAAUUCGAUCGAACAAGAGGGUGAGAAAACGAUAUUUAGAACGGUAACGGUUAAAAAAAACCCGUGUAUAGGUUCAGUGAUUAUUUCAACUGCCAAAUUGUGCUAUUUGCAUUGUCCGCUUGUAUCACACAAGUAAUAUUUAUUUCAAAAGAAUCCCAUUUUUUAUUAUUCAUGUCCAUUCAUACGCACCAUUGUACAUGGCAAACUCUGGCUUUCGGGGUUUAUAAGAUUGUUGUAAAGGAUUUUUUUGUCUAUUUUUAUUUUGAAUACGUUUGGUAUGUAUUUAUGGUAGGACACUGGCUACGUGCACCGACCACGCAGUGCCAUCGUGCGUUUAACACGCUAUAUUAACAUGGCCCAGUUCAAGAUCUAGUUGGUGUUUUUUUCUGCUAUUAACUUUUUUCAAAGGAUUGUUGGUUAAUCAUGCUUUAUCAAUUAAAGCAAUGAUAUUCAUUCCUCACACAGAAACGGGAUAUAUCAGAGAGAUAUAUCAAACAUAUAAUGUGCUAUACACGACAGUGAUAUCACACAUUCUUCAGGUUAAUUUGUUGUGUUACUUAUCGAUCAAAAGGUUUUUGAACUUGCAGUGUCUCUGAAAAAAUGGCUGGUAACUUUUACGCGAUGGUAACUUCUGAAAGUUUUAUAAUAGUGUUAGUAACAUUUUUAAGAACCUGUGGCCAUGUGGGAAUUAUCAAGACAAUAGGUAUCUACUUGGAAGACAUCAACCGGAGUCUUAGAACGACACCAACCGAUAUAGGAAUUGCUCUUGGUCUUUUUAGUGCAUUCAGCAGUUUUCCAG